AAGGGAAACCAUUGCAAGCGCUCUCGGUGCGUGAAAGCUUUUCUGUGCUCGUCCUACUUGUAAACCUCUACAGCAGGGCGACUGUGCGCGCUCCCGCGGACUCGCCAUAGAAAACAAAGCUGAACGUCUUCCAUAAGAGCUAGGGUGCAGACUUGAGGAAUAACCGAAUCUAUCCUGGACACACCGAGCCGAGUAUGGAUUUACAGUGGGUGUAGCAUCGUUGGAGACCAAGCCUUCACGGCUGGGGUGACGGCAGGACAUUAGCGAAACCGACGAAAAUAACAUCUGUGUUUUUUUUUUCUCGGGGUGCUUUGUCUUGUCCACCUAACGAUAGCAAACCAUCAUUCUCAUUUCAAUUGCAAGAUAUUCAGCUAGUGAUUACUAGCUGCCGCCGGGAUGUAUCGUCAUGUUGUCACUAUAAAGUGACUGCUAGGACGUCGGAUUUUGAAGGAAAAGCAGAAAACCCUCUCCCAGGUCCCAACGGGUUGACACCGGGACCUGAAUCUGUGUUAGCCACAGCCGCGGAACCCACUGUUUUCGGCGAUAUGGCGGAGCAAGGCUACUCAUCCUGGGCGUACUCCCUAGUUGACUCCAGCCAGGUGUCCACCUUCCUCAUCUCUAUUCUCCUCAUCGUCUAUGGCAGCUUCAGGUCAUUAAACAUGGAUUGUGAGAACCAGGAGAAGGAUAAAGAUGGAAACCCAACGACAACGGGGUCUUUCAACAACAGCAACACAAACAACAGCAUUCAGACUAUAGACUCCACACAGGCCCUGUUCCUGCCCAUAGGAGCCUCUGUGUCUCUGCUAGUCAUGUUCUUCUUCUUCGACUCGGUACAGGUGGUCUUCACCAUCUGCACUGCAGUCCUUGCAACAAUUGCAUUUGCAUUCCUCUUGCUGCCAAUGUGCCAGUAUCUGACCAGACCCUGCUCCCCACAGAACAACAGGAUCUCGUUCGGUUGCUGUGGGCGCUUCACUCUGGCUGAGCUCCUGUCCUUCUCCCUCUCUGUUAUGUUGGUGCUCAUCUGGGUACUGACUGGACACUGGCUCCUCAUGGAUGCUUUAGCCAUGGGCCUGUGUGUCGCCAUGAUCGCCUUCGUGCGACUUCCCAGCCUGAAGGUGUCUUGCCUGCUGCUGUCAGGACUGCUCAUUUACGAUGUGUUCUGGGUGUUUUUCUCAGCCUACAUCUUCAAUAGUAAUGUGAUGGUCAAAGUUGCCACCCAACCUGCUGAAAAUCCCAUAGACGUUCUGUCCAGGAAGCUCCACUUGGGGCCGGGGAUGGGCCGAGACGUGCCCCGUCUCUCCUUACCCGGAAAACUGGUGUUUCCCAGCUCCACAGGAAGUCACUUCUCAAUGCUAGGCAUAGGAGACAUCGUGAUGCCGGGGCUGCUGUUGUGCUUCGUCCUGCGCUACGAUAACUACAAGAAGCAAGCGAAUGGGGAAGUCCCAGGGCCGGGAAACAUGUCCGGACGCAUGCAGCGCGUCUCCUAUUUCCACUGCACUCUCAUCGGAUACUUUGUGGGUCUGCUGACCGCCACUGUGGCCUCCAGGAUCCAUCGUGCUGCUCAGCCUGCACUUCUCUACCUGGUGCCCUUCACCCUGCUGCCUCUGCUUACUAUGGCCUACCUGAAGGGGGAUUUGCGGCGCAUGUGGUCCGAGCCUUUCCACGCCAAGACCAGCAGCUCUCGCUUCCUGGAGGUAUGAUGCACCCUGGGACGAACAACCAGCGUGGGGAAGACUGCGGAUCUUUUCCCUUACUGAGAGGGAAGGAGAGAGGGCGCACUCACAGUGAGGCCAUGUUGUCAUCACUUGUUCAUGCUUUCCACCAAUCUUCUGUGAAAACCCUCAGAAGGACACCAGUGUGUGGAUCACAACGCCCCAACACCACUCAUCUUUGGUCCCUGCAUCCUCCCCGUUUCAUCUCCGCUUCCUCUCCGCUGUUUAUUUCCUCUUCAUUAUAGCACAUCCUGUCUGUGCUGUUUUUCGUUCUGCCCUCCCCCUUUUUUUUUCCUCCACCCCCCCCCCCAUAGUCGGUCUCAUUUGCCACUUCCCUCCCGCGGCCCGUCCCAUUCGUCAGGCCUCCUCCCUCUCUGCGUUUUCCUUCUUUGCUCUGUGUCUUUAACUUCCUCUGCAUCUCUCUUUGUCUCAGAUGAACUCAAGGGCCAGCCCUGUCCCCCCCGUCCCCUCUCCACCUCCCCCCCCCUUCCAACCCUCCACCCCCUCCCCACCUUUUUGUGGACUUACGGUUGUGAGACAUGGUUGGGGUUUAUAUAUAUUUUUUUAGCAUUGUCGUGGUCAUUAUUAUUAAUAUUAUUAUUAUGGAACGAUUUAAACAAAUGGAGAAGAGGUCCGAGUGUCGCGGUGGCACGGGACAGUGCCCAGGAGCAGCAACACAGUCGAGGAGGAGGAGAGUCUUCCCUCUUCCAUCCUCGCUUUCGUCACGACGUGUCCCAUCAUCCCUCAGCCGGUGGCUUCUCCCUAGCGCCCUCCCGCCCUCUUCCGACACUCCCUGCGAGCCCCACCCUCCUCCUCCUCUUCCCUGUUCAUCUGCUGUCCUCCUCCCCCCUCUCCUCCUCCCCUCCCCAAACCUCCCAUCAAUCCACCCCCACAGAUAACUAUGUAUUUUAUUUAGAAAAGUUUUAUUCUUGGCAUAUACAGAAAUGAUGCAUUAUAAAUUGUUAAGCUACCCCCAGCGUUGGAGGGGUCGCUUCUAUUUGUAUAUAUGUGUACACAUGUAUUUGCGGUAUCUUGAGUUUGUAUUUGUGUUUGGGAGCAUGUUGAAUAGGGUGGGAAACUGACUCCAGCCAACAGCUGAAUUUUGAUGAAUUUGGGCUGCCAGUCGAGUCGACUAGUGGGUGUCCAACAUUUUGGUGGAGGACGACCGCUGAAUCUGUUGGCUCGUGCAAUUUAAAUAUAACUGAUGGAUUUUCUUAUUAAAAAAAAAAAAGAAACAACAAAAAAAAAACACACAAAAAGCAUCUGUGUUGGGUGCUGGAUGAUGACAAAGUUAGUUUCCUGCUCUAGUGUUAAAGCGUGUGUGUGUGUGUGCGUGUGUGUGUGUGCGUGCGUGAGUGAACAGAACACGAGUGAACGGUUGUUUUACUUGGUUUUAAUUUGAAAUCAUGAACAUGUUUAAAAAAAAAAACAACAAAAAAAAAACGGUGACAAUAGUCAGGUUUGCAUUGAGCUGGGUGUGUUGGAUCAAAGAGCGUUGCAAACACAUGACAGGUCUAAUGGAAACUGUUUGUGUCUAACUGUCAGUCUUUCUACUGACCAGGUGGAAAUGUAAACAGUGUUUUUUUUUCCUUCAAAUAAAUGAAUGUUGAAUUAA